AACAUCUGAUUCCUGAUUAAUGAGUGAGUGUUUUCAAUGACAGUGUUAUAAAAAUUCGAGUUUGACUAAAAUCUAAACUGUAUGUUGAACUUUCUGUGAAUAAAUCGGAUUAAAUAGAUCAAAAUACAUCACAAAGGAUGGUGAAGUGGUUCCUCUAUGGUCAAUAACCUCAUAAAUCAAUAGAAAGUUAUGUAUUUCGAGGUAAACUAAUUCUAUCAUCUAUUUUUCGAAAAAAAUACCGUUUUCAAUGCCUAAACAGUUCCGCGAUGAGAAUUCCAACGAAAGUGGCCCAAGCGAUGGAGAAAAACCACUUAAAAAAGCUAGAUUCGUGUGGCAACUUAAAGGAAAACAUCACCUAAAAGAAUCCGUCGAAACCAAUACAGUUGAUAACGAAGAAAAAAAUCAAGACGAACAAUUAAGUGAAACUGAUGAACAAAAUAUCGAUUUAGUAGGAAAUGAAGCGACGAGUAGUAAUUCGCAUAAAUCAGGAUGUAACUGCUGUUGUUUACAAUCGUUAUUAGAAAAAACUUCGGAUGAUAUCAAUAAUGAAUUAGAUAAGAUUUCGAAUGAUAUCAAUUUUACAAUGGGAUGCCCGGAUUCUAAGAAUCAAGAAUAUUAUUUACACAAAUGGCAAGCUAGACAAAUAGCAAGAGGUUUUGUUGAUAAUACUGUUAAUAGUCUACUGGAAACUUGGUGUAAUUCGUCGGUACAAUCAGAUGAAGACGAUCACUACCCGAACGAUGGACAAGUAGAACAGGACGCCAUUUUAAUGGCGAUACAAUCUCAUGGUUUACAGUCUUCCAGUUUGCAUCUACGACCAACAACUUCCUCUUCUAAUCAUGAAAGAAACUUAAUCGAUGAAUUUACGAAUGAUAAUGCAGAAAAUGAACGUAAUAAGGAAGAGGAAGCCGAAGUUUAUACAGCGGAAGGUAAUAGUAGUUCAAACGCUUCUAUUCCCAUAAAUGAAGAGAGUUUAGGUAUGGAAGAAACUAUGGAUUUUUUAAAUGCAGCUGUAUCUGUGGCUAUUCAGAAGAAAGGUUUAUCCUAUGGAUAUUGAAUGUAUAAAUCGAUUUAAAACAAUAAUAAGUGAUGGUUAUGGUAUUAAAAAGUGAAAACAGUAUUUUAUUUUAUAUAAAAACAUAUCUUGUAAUUUUUAUUUAUUAAGUUCAUAGUUUAUUAUUAUUUUUAAGUACUGAUAUGUAAUUAGUAAUUUUUGAUUCAAUUAAUACAAAUGUAGUUUGA